UAAGAGUGGCCAUACCACUUGGCUGAAAAGAAAGCACAUGUGUCAACAUAACCAAAGAAGUUAGGCUCGAGAGAAGAACUGGAAGAUUGUUAUUAUAUUAAGUGAAAAUGCCGGCGAUAGCGAAGGUGCACAACACUCUGGUGUAUAAAGGGAGUAAUUUCUUCAAACAAAGAUUGGUGCUAUCUGUUUUGAGUGGAAAACCAGUUAGAAUAGUAGAAAUAAGGUCUAUGGCUGAUGAGCCAGGUCUUCAAGAGUUUGAGGUGAGCUUAAUUCGUUUAUUAGACAAACUGACGAACGGCACAAAAGUGGAAUUGAAUGAGACUGGCACAGCUGUGUAUUUUCAACCAGGACUGUUGCACGGAGGUCAAGUUGAUCAUGAGUGCAGCACUCAGAGGUCCCUAGGAUACUACUUGGAGGUAUUGCUUAUGUUGGGUUUGUUCUGCAAGGAACCCAUUUGUGCAACUCUGAAAGGUGUAACAACAAACAAGAUAGACCCAUCUGUAGACCAUGUAAAGGCAUCAAUGAUAUCCACAUUGAAGAAGUUUAUUUUAGAAGAUGAAGAUCUAAAUUUGACAAUAAAGAAAAGAGGGAUGCAGCCAUUGGGUGGUGGUGAAGUAGUACUGAGGUGUCCUGUCCGCAGGCAACUUAGGCCUGUCCAGUUAAUGGAUAUUGGUAUGAUCAAGAGAAUUAGAGGAAUAGCGUUUGCUCUGAGAGUAUCACCAGCUAUGUCAAACAGAAUGGUUGAGAAGGCUAAAGGUGUUCUGCUAAAUUACAUCCCAGAUGUGUAUAUAAACACGGAUAUGUCGAAAGGAAAGGCGUCGGGGAAGAGUCCUGGUUUCGGAAUUCAUCUGCACACGGAGACGACGAACGGUAUAUUUUACUCGGCGGAGAGCAUCUCGAACGACGUAGCCAAUGGAGAAGAACCAUCAGUGCCUGAAGAUGUUGGCGUUGACGCUGCUAACAGGUUGUUACAAGAGGUUUACUUGGGCGGGUACACCGAUUCCACAUCUCAAUCUUUAGCAAUUUUGUGCAUGGCUUUGGGUCCAAAAGAUGUCUCAAAGAUGGUUUCUGGACCACUCAGCGAGUACACGGUCGGUUUCCUGCAGCACCUCUACGAAUUUUUUGGCGUCACAUUUAAAUUGGAAAAUUAUAACAGCGAAAACGACGAAGACGAGGAAUCUAACAAAGUUAUGUUAACGUGUCUCGGAAUUGGUUACAGUAAUCUUAGCAAAAGAACAUUAUAAAUAUGUUUCCAUCCUUGUUUUAUAUUUUGAUAAUAAAUAAU